CAAAACGCGCCCCUAAAGCGGGGAGCCGGGCCGUGCCCGGCCUCCUGCCCCCAAGGGGCGGCCGGGGUGGUUGGGGGGGGGGGGGGGGGGAAGCCGUGCCGUGCCGAGCCGUGCCCAGCCGAGCCGGGCACAUGGGCAGGGAGGGCGGAGCUGGCGGCCUGACAUCAGCGCGCCUCCCUCGCAGCCCCCGGACGGCUCCGCUCGCCCUCCCGCUGCCCGGCCCGGCGCAGAGGAUGUCCGGAGGAGACAUGGCCAAACCCCUCCUUGGCCACCGGAGCAUGGAGGGUGACCCCACGGCGCCCGCAGCUGGCCGCACCAUCGGGGUGCUGGGGAGCGGGGACUUCGCGCGGUCGCUGGCCAUCCGCCUGGUGUGCUCCGGCUUCAAGGUGGUGGUCGGCAGCCGCAACCCCAAGCGCAAAGCUGGCCUCUUCCCUUCUGCGGCAGAAGUCACCUUCCAGGCUGAGGCGGUGAAGAAGACGGAUGUCAUUUUUGUGGCGGUUUUCAGGGAACAUUACUCCACGCUCUGUGACCUGGCCGACGUGCUGGUGGGCAAGAUCCUGGUGGAUGUCAGUAACAACACUGAAAUCAACCACCACAAAGAGUCCAAUGCCGAGUACCUGGCCUCCCUGUUCCCAGCCUGCACUGUGGUCAAGGGCUUUAACGUGGUUUCUGCAUGGACGCUGCAGUCAGGUGCCAGGGAUGGUAAUAAGCAGGUCCUGAUCUGCUCAAAUAACCAAGAAGCCAAGCGCACCGUUGCAGAGAUUGCUCAAGUCAUGGGAUUCACCCCCGUGGACAUGGGCUGCAUGUCCUCAGCCUGUGAGAUCGAGAACAUUCCCCUGCGCCUCUUGCCAGCCUGGAAAAUCCCCAUCUUUUUGGCUCUGGGGCUCUUUCUUUGCUUCUUCACUUACAACCUGGUGCGGCAGGUCAUCCACCCUUACAUCAGGGAGCAAAAGAACAAGUUCUACAAGAUACCCAUCGAGGUGGUCAACACCACGCUGCCCUGCGUGGCCUACGUCAUGCUGUCCCUCGUCUACCUGCCCGGCGUGCUGGCAGCCUGCUUGCAGCUCUACUACGGCACCAAGUACCACCGUUUUCCCGAUUGGCUCGACCAGUGGCUCCAGCACAGAAAGCAGAUUGGCCUCCUCAGCUUCUUCUGCGCUGCCCUGCACGCCGUGUACAGCCUGUGUCUGCCCAUGCGCCGCUCCCACCGCUACCAGUUAAUUGAGACGGCCGUCAAGCAGGCUGUGGAGAAGAAGAUGAAUAUCUGGGUAGAGGAGGAAGUCUGGAGGAUGGAGAUUUAUAUCUCUGUUGGAAUAAUUGCCCUGGGCUUGCUGUCGUUACUUGCCAUCACUUCACUUCCAUCCAUCGCAAACUCUCUCAACUGGAGGGAAUUCAGUUUCAUCCAGUCCACCCUUGGAUUCAUUGCCUUGCUAAUCAGCACUCUGCACACCCUCACGUACGGAUGGUCAAGGGCCUUUGACGAGAACCAGUACAAAUUCUACCUGCCUCCCACCUACACCCUCACGCUGCUCGUCCCAUGUACUGUGAUCCUAGCAAAGGUCAUCUUCAGCUUGCCCUGCAUCCACCACAGACUCGUGCGAAUCAGGAGGGGCUGGGAGAAGGGGAGAUACGUGAAGUUUGUGCUGCCCAGCGCAACAGGGGAGUAUUCGAGCGGGGAGACCUCUAGCCACGUCUAACGAAGCGCCGGGGCGACGGCGGAUUUCAAAGCACUAUCGACAUUUCUAUAAAGGUGUUUCUUUUUCUUAACUAUAUGUAUGUUUUGGUAUAAUUAUAUUGUGGGUAACAAAAUAAAAUUUGGUGACUUUAGAAAAUGGA